CGAAGAAACUACUAGUAGUCACGGUCGGCGGGAUGACUAGCAAUGUGAAUGGAGAAACCAUUAGCGUCGGCGGCAAUAUCUUCCGGCUGGUGGAGACUAUCGGGCGGGGGUCAUAUGGCACGGUACACAAGGCCGUCAACUUGAGUUCCGGCGCGGCGGUGGCCGUGAAGGUGAUCAGCAAAGAUCGUCUUCUGCGCAAUCCACAAGAACGAGCGUCCAUUGAAAAGGAGAUCGAGACCAUGCGGGUGGCCGUGGAGCAGUACGAGAACGGCCACCCGAACAUCGUGCGAUUGCUGGCAACGAAGGAGUCCAAGGCGUCCAUCUUCAUCGUGUUGGAGUACUGCGCGGGAGGCGACAUUUCAUACUACAUCAAGGCGUCGGCGCGGGGGUUGAGUAUGGCCCAGACGCGGAACUACAUGUCUCAACUCGCGUCCGGGCUGCAGUUCCUUCGCCAGCAGCAUGUGAUCCACAGGGAUCUCAAGCCUGCCAACCUCCUUCUCAGCAGCAAGAACGUCGCGUCCCAGAAGGUCAAGAUCGCCGACUUUGGGUUUGCUCGGGCGCUAGAAAACGAGUGCAUGGCCGAAAGCGUCGUGGGGUCCCCGCUGUACAUGGCGCCCGAACUGCUCGACUACAAGUCUUACGAUGCCAAGGCGGACCUGUGGAGCGUCGGCAUCAUCUUGUACGAAAUGGUGACCAAGAGCCACCCGUUUCUCGUCGUGGACAACGUCCAUGCGACCAAUCACUUGGCCCUGCGUCGUAAUAUUGCACGGUAUUACGAGAAGUGCCACCGAUUUGUCAUCCCCCCGGACGUGACAAUGAGCGCCGACUGCGCCGAUCUCCUGGAAGGACUUCUGCGACGCGAUCCACAGCAUCGCAUAUCAUUUGACCAGUUUUUCAACGCGCCGUUUCUGCUGCCGCUGCCGCCGCUGCCGGACGACGACCCGCCGCGUCCGCCUCCUCAUGGAGACGGGGGGCUGGAGGCGUCGGGGUCCCCCAAGCAGCCUCUUGUAACGCACGACAUGACGUGGCACGACUCUGGAGGGAGCGACGAAUAUGUGCUCGUCGAGCGCGAAUAUGAAGACAUUGGCCGAGAAGUGCUGCAGGAUGCCGCCACCGCCGACGACUUGGCGGCAUUGCCGAAUGAAGAACAAGGCCAUGGAGGGGGGGAAGCCAGCGACGAGGUACGCCCUUCGGAUGACUUCGUUGUGGACAUGAUGGGCAUGAUAGCCGCAGCAGGACACCCCCCCCCGGCUGCAACGACUUAUCCCCCACAAGCUACGACAUCAUGGCAAGAUGAUGAAAAUCGAUUGGAGGAGUUGCUUGGUAUUUGCUAUAAAAGCUUUCCAUUGGGCGGAGUCGCGCUUUUCGUGCCGACGCCCCUCGGCGACUACAUUGCGUUCCACGAAGGCUGUCCGCAUUACUACCUCUCGGCCGAGUCCAUCCAAGCCGCCAACCGCGGCAACCGCAAGCCGGCGUACGUGCUCGGGUGUCUAGUGUUUAUCGAGGAUGGCGAGGCCGGCGAGACGGUGGCGAGUAAUCCAUACCAGUUGCGAAUUGGCACGCGCUUUCACGUGUGCACCGUCACAGCGCUCCAGUCGCUCUCCACGCCACUCACGGCCGCGGUGACGCCUCCGCCGUCGCCGCUGUCAAGUCGACCGAUGGCGCCAUUUACCAUGCCCAUUGUUCCAGCAACGUCAAGCCAAACCAACGGGACUACCGAGGCCGCGGACAAUCGACAUCAGCGCAUUAGCUUUCAAUCUGUUGAAAUAUAA